UGGCAUCGAUUUUGACAAGACGCGAAACACUGAAUCCUGAACUCAUGUAAAUCCAUCCUUCAUUUACACACUGACUUCUUAAUAAAGAUGCAGUUCAUGUUGUUGUUCAGCAGACAGGGGAAGCUCCGUUUGCAGAAAUGGUACGUGCCGCUGUCCGACAAGGAGAAGAAGAAAAUCACGCGGGAGCUGGUGCAGACUGUCUUGGCCCGAAAGCCCAAGAUGUGCAGUUUCCUGGAGUGGAGGGACCUUAAAAUUGUGUAUAAAAGAUACGCCAGUCUGUAUUUCUGCUGUGCCAUUGAAGAUCAAGACAACGAGCUGAUCACCUUGGAGAUCAUCCAUCGAUAUGUCGAGCUGCUUGACAAAUACUUCGGCAGUGUGUGCGAGCUGGAUAUCAUCUUUAACUUUGAGAAGGCCUAUUUCAUCCUGGACGAGUUCCUGCUGGGAGGAGAAGCUCAGGAGACGUCAAAGAAGAACGUUCUGAAAGCCAUCGAGCAGGCCGAUCUCCUGCAGGAGCCACGACAUGAAUACUUUAACAUGCCUGUGUACUGAUUGGCUGUCGCGGAUGUUGGUUGCUGUCCAUCCUGCAUGCUGAGCCCCGCUCCUCACACAACACGCCUGCUGGAUCCGCCUCUCUACACCACCGUCCCACAGAGAACUGCACCCAGUUUCACCUCCAUGCUGUCAGAUCAUGUGUUGCAUGUUGUGUUCACUGCAUACACACCUAUUUCUCUCGCUCAUUAUGUUCAUCUUUGGGGCUAUCAGUGUGUUUAAUGGAAUAGUUCACCCAAAAAUUUUAAUUCUGUUAUCAUUUACUCAUAUUAGAUAGAAUGUGCAAGCUGCUCUUUUCCUUACAAUGAAAGAUGAUGGUGAUUUUUAUUGCCAAGCUCCAAAAUAAACCAUGAUAAAAGUAGUCCAUAGAAGUAUGAUAUACUGUAUAUUAUAAUCUUCCCCUUUGCUGUGGCGCUCAAAUCUCAUUUGUGUUUGCGAAAAUUCAAAUAUGGUGCAUCAAGACGUGUUGCGACAUCGGUGAGGAACGGUCACAAGACAUGGAAAGAAUCACGAAAGAAAUGAAAGAACUUUUCCUUUUUAGCUCACUAACUGACAUUAUUGCAAAUUAUUUUAUUUAUGCACUUCACGAUUUUAAAGUGUUUAGUGUAUUGGUCAAUGAAGUGAUGCUCAAUGUAUUUAUUUUUUGAAUCUUUUGAGUUAAAAGAACAAAAUUACUGAGUUCAACGUCAUUUUGAUAUCUUUUUCUGUUGCUUAGAGUAAAAAUGUCAAAUGGCACUUUUCCACUGCACGUUACAGUUCAGCUCGCCUCAACUCGACUCGCUUUACUUUUCUGAGCUUGCAUUUCCACUGCAGUUUAGUGCCACCUCAAUGUGGGUGGGAUUAUAGGUUGAUCGUCAUAGUUGCGCCACCUCUACUGCCGUGACAUCAUCUUAAACACAACACAAACUCACCAAAACAAUAAUACGAGUGCUAGUUGUUAGCUACUAGCUCAUUGUGCUGCAUGAAGCAGUUGUUGCAUGGUGAUUUUACACAAGUGUAACAGUUAAAUUGGUCUGGUUGUUUUAGAAGCUUCCAGUAGUUGGUCAACUAAAUAAAGUGAAGCUUUCAAGCGGAGUAUUGAGUUAACGUAACAAAACGUACCAUCCUCCAUCGUGGCUGAGUCCAGGGCGCUCUCCCUCCCAUUGCUCGGCGGUUUAGAUAGCAUCCAUUUGGUCGAACCACUUCCACUUUUCUUUGAUGAUUCUGGUCACUUUUAAGUUUUUUUUUUACUUGUCCCUACACUGUUGGUAGGUCCGGUGGUAGCCGUGUGCGGCCAAAAGCUGAGACACUUCCUGAGAGACUUUAUCGUUUCGCAACUUUUCGUUCGUCGCUAACGAGAGGACCGUCUGCACCUCGUUUAUUGACUACGGCAUGGUUUUGCACACAGCCAUUUCUUUUUUCACAAUUUGAAAGUCACGUGAACAAAUUAUACUGCUAUCGCUGUUGCUAACUUUAAAACUAGCGGGUUGAUGUCGCGUGUCGUAAAUCCAGUGAUGCUGAUAGUGACGAUUCUCCCUGACCAAUCAGUGAUCUGCAGGAUUAUGACAUCACAUUUAGUAUCAGCUCGCUUGGAACCUCGACCGAGGUGGUAUUAAAAAAAGUAUCAGGUACCAGGUACUAUCCACAGUGGAAAACCCCAAAAAAGCGAGUCGAGUCGAGUCGAGUCGAAUUGUACCAUCCAGUGGAAAAGCCCCAUUACAAAUGUUGAGAUAAGUAGUUUUUAGUUUUAGUAGUAACUUUUUGUUAUUAUUUAAUUAAAAAACAAAUAUGCAUUGAAACAAUUUUGUUUUCAAAUAUGAACAAUAUUUCUGUCCAUCAAAUCAAAGUCAGGUGGUGGAAAACAAAAAGCAAACUAAAAAAAAAAGGAAGAAAAAGUUAAAUGGUCAAAUCAGGUCAAAUGGUGUAACACUAGGCAAACGUAUUGCUAUUUUUGACUCCAAAAUUCAUGAUAUUUGUUAAAUAUAAUUUUUUACAUUUAAGUAAAUUUGAAAACCUGUUUUUGAAAAAGUUUAUUCCAGGUGUUUUUUACUUUAUGGUUAUGCCACAUGAUAUUGUUAAGAGUCAUUAAAUCAAUUUUCUUUGUAGAUGAUUCUAUAAAUGUUUUUCAAUCAUUUACUAAACAAACAUUGUCACAAAAAUGAAACUUUGACUAACUUGACCCGUGUUUCAAACUAGUAAAAGAUAUCUAAUUUUCAUCACCUCGGACAACCUUAUUAUCAGUGGCUCAUAUUCUGGGGGAACAGUCCAGAACUGAAUUAUGAGUGUGUGUAUUUCUUGAGGUCAUCUGUAAUUCUGUUCUUUCGCUGAAAAACUCCAGAACCAACUUGUAAGUGGUCAGUCACAAUUGUGACCGGUGGGAAAAUACAGAGACCCAUUUAUGAACAGGCGACUGAUUGACUCCCAUUACAACAUUUCAAAGUAUUAAUACAACAAAUGAAACAAAGUAAAAAUAAAAAUAAAUAUGCAGAUAUUCUUGUUUUGUCAUUUCCUUUUCCCUCACUUUUCUUUGAUAGUAAAUACAAUUAUAUAAUAUGUAGAGCAAAACCACCAAACCAACACAGUCAUAGCUAUGCAUGUACUAGAUUGAAAAGUUUGAGUACAAACAGGUUGGCUUGAGAAAGACUAGCAUGAACGUUUGAAGUAGUUUUAAAAGUUUGAAGGUUUUUAGUUUGAAGUAGUUACAAGUUUAAGUAGUAAUUUAAAAGUUUAAAGAUUAUAAGACCAUUCAGUCUAAUAGAUAGAUAGAUGGAUAGAUAGGCAGGCAGGCAGACAGACAGACAGACAGACAGGCAGACAGACAGGAUAGAUAGAUAGAUAGGCUGGCAGGCAGACAGAUAGAUGGAUGGAUAGAUAGACAGAUAGAUAGAUAGAUAGAUAGAUAGAUAGAUAGAUGGAUGGAUGGAUAGAUAGAUAGAUAGGCUGGCAGGCAGACAGAUGGAUAGAUAGAUAGACAGACAGACAGACAGAUAGAUAGAUAGAUGGAUAGAUAGAUAGAUAGGCUGGCAGGCAGACAGAUAGAUGG